UUUCUGAUUGGUCGUAAGCGCAGCGCGAUAACAUCAGGGUUGAGAGUUCCGUCAGCGUGCGUUACAAGGAGCCUCUACCUGCUCAGGUUUGGUGAAAAAUGGCGAGCUGGUGUGUCCGAGCGGUGAGACAGAGCUACUCUGUGGUGGCUUCGCCUGCUUUAAUAAGGUAACAGACCGUUUAAAUGAGCUCUUUAUCUAUUCUAAGGCUGUUAUACAGUGUUUGUAAGGCUUAGUUUGAGUGUUAGCCGCUGUCGUUAGAGGCUCGUUAGCUUGACCUCUGUGUGAGAAAUACAGAUAUUAACCGGAUUUAAAUGUGUGUUAUUGAACUAAACAACGAGCUCAAAGUGAUGCUGGAUCAGUGUUUAAGUGUAAUUCAAUAUCAGCUUUUUUCUAGUGGAAACAGGCUGAUGAAAUAAGGUGAUGUAAUGAUCAGAGGUCUAUAUAAGAGGCUAAACUACGAUCAACUUUUGGUGUUCAUCAUCUUAUAUCUGAUUUAACACCUAAGUCUGACGAUUUUUACUAGUCUGCUCAGUCUUUAUAAUAAAAAUCAAAAAUAUCACACCAUCUCCUGUUUUUACAUCUGCCUAUUUUUGCGCAUUUAUCACAAGUUUGAUCCAUCUGUCACGAUAGCAGAGCCGUAGCUUUAUUUAUGUUCCCUGUUUUUCAGAAACUGUGUCUUUUAAUUUGUAUUUCACAGCUUUUCUGAAGGUUUUUAUAAGUGUAUUAGUGACAGCAGCAUCCAAAACACAUGGUUAAUCUAAUCCAAUUCAGCAUGUCAGCCCAACUACAAAUUAUAACUUGAGGAACUUUCUAGCUCUUGAGUUUUAAUUCACACAAUCAAAGAGGUGAUAAUUCUACUUUAUGUUAUUAUUGAAGACCUAAUGAGUUUUGGUGAUGUUCUGGAGUGUGUUCCACUGAAAAGUGUUCCUGAUAUUUUGGCUCCUUCAGUGACAAAAAUCCGUUAUCACCUGUGUGAGGUGACAAAAUUGAACAUAUGGGAUCUUUGAAAAGUACAAUUAAUGGUAGAGCUGUUGGAUUUGAUUGUACAGGGGUUCAUAAAGUCAUGUCUGGUUGAUGUGUAUAAAUAAAUUUCUCAGUACAAUUACUUUUAAUGCAAGAGGAGGUUAAAUUAAAGGUUUUUUUGGUUAAUACUGUAUUUGCUCACUCAAAGAUGCAGUAACAAAGAUCUGAAUGAUUCCAGCUGAAGUAAAAAAAAUAUAUGUUUGACCAUAAUCCUUAAUUUUCCAUGAUUUUAACAGCUAUUUUUGAGCUGUAUACCACAAAUACAUGGUCCUUAAUCAUUUAAUGACAUAUAAGUCAGUUGCACAACAUCCUCAGUGGGUGCCAAAGACAAUUGCAAAUUGGCUUUGGUAGUAUUAAGCUCUACAAUCCCACCAGACAUGAGCAGGCUGUGACAGACAAACACACUAACUUCAGAGGACAAAGAUAACUUAAGUACCUUCAGAUAACCUGAACAUAUUAUUUACUCUCUAUAUUUUACUACUGUGACUGCUCUGUUAAGACUAGGGCCCGACUGAUAUGGAUUUUUUGGGGCCGAUACCGAUUACCAAUUAAUCAGCCGAUUUUUUACAUUUUUUAGGUAGUUAUAAAAUAUAUAUAUACUGUAGAUAUACUAUAGGCUUCUGCUCUUCACGCCAACAGGAAGACCGACUGAUCAAACCCGGACCAGAAAAGCAUUUCAACUGCCUCAUGUUAAACGCCCUUCCCCCCGCCAAUCGGUGCCUCUGCGUCUUAACUCGCGUUACACAUUUCCGGUCCGGUCUCAUCUGGAGACAUGCAGCUGCCUCAGUAAGAGAAGUAGUUUGAUCACGUAAUGUGUACUGUUGUUUAUUCUACCGUUACUGGUACAGCUAACAGUGUAGCAAGGCUAAUAGCAGGUGAUUAACUCUAACUUUAGCUUGCAUAUUACAUGGUGCUUCACCGUUAACUCAGCAUGACCGAGACCAGCACAGCGGGGAACAUCGUGAAGUGGGUUGAACUGAAACUUGUUGACUUAUUGUGUAUUUCACAAACUAGUUUAUUUACCGUUGAUGCAGACCACUCUCCUCUGUGCGUCCCUGAGCUGCCUGCUUCAGAUCUGUCACUCUGCUGUGCUGUGAGGUAGUUAGUGGAUGAGGUCGCUGCGCCAUCUACAGGAUAAGUCGGGGAACUUUUCAAAUGGCGGAACAUUUUCAAAGAGAAACCGAAUCUUAUUCUCUGCAUUUUAUUUCUGAAAAUAUUGGCGAAAAUGGGUGAGUUUUGGCCGAUUACCGAUUAGUCCCAAACAGGCUAAUUUAAUUGGCUCGCCAAAAAAUCAGUCGGGCCCUAGUUAAAGCCAGAGCCAUUUUCAGCCAAUUAGUUGCUCAAACAAAUCCUGUUAUAGCUGAACUGAAGUAGAUGUGAUACAGUUUGAAGUUGUAAUGUAUGAGUGGAAGUUUUAGAAAUUUAGAAAUAAACACCAUAUUUGAAAGUCCGCUACAGAGCGGCUCACCAAGGGACGAAGAGCACACACAGACAUUUAAAUUUUUACCUAUUUAAUAAGCAAUAAUGCUGUCGUUCCCUUUCAGAGCAUCUCCAAGGUUGUUAUGCACGGCUACGCAGCAAAAGAACGGCCAUGGGCCCGAGGAGGAGGCUGAGAAAGCGGAGCAGAGCUCGGCCGAGAAAGUCCUGAUGGAGGAGAAGACACAGUUAGAGGAGCAGCUCAAAGAAAUGACAGUAAGUCAGAGACAAGUUCACCUCUAGGUUAAGUCAAUACUAAAGCACUGAACACGACUUUCUGAUGUGUAGAAAUCUUUUAAAAAGGAAAUACCGCAACUACUGUGUUGAACUACAUCAGAAUGUUAAUGCUGAUGUGUUUUCAAGCAUGAAUUAUUAUUUUUCAUGUUGAAAUAAAGCAUAGAAAUGUGGGUUAGGCCCAGAGAUGAAAUCACCAACAGGCAAGAGUUGAGCAGACAGAGAGGUUGCAUUUGGCUGCAUGUUCUCAGAUGGUAAUGAAAUAAAAAAUCUGUGUCUGCAAAGCUUCCCCUCAUUGGUUUUCGGUCUAAAAUAAGCUUGUAAAAAUGUGCACUUAAAUAAGGUUCAUAUUAGGGAUUACUGGGAAUGUCUUCUUAAUAAUAAGCACGUAACAUUCAUGCUGACCAAUUUUUCUUCUAUGUCUACAGGAAAAGUACAAAAGGGCCUUAGCAGACACAGAGAACCUCAGGACGAGGAGUCAGAAGAUGAUUGAAGAUGCUAAACUAUACGGUAAACACCAUCUCACCUCCUGAGUGAUUACAUUUGCAGUCGCAUGUUCAUUCCACUAGAUGGCAUCAAAGGGGAAUUUUAGUGUUAAACCAAAUUGUGCUACCUUGUAAAAGGAUUGGGCUCCUACGCUCUCACUCAGGUAAUUGUCUCUUUUCCAUCACCAGGCAUUCAGGGUUUCUGCAAGGACCUGCUGGAGGUAGCUGACAUCUUGGAAAAAGCCACAGAAAGUGUCCCUAAGGAAGAGGUAACAAGCCAGAACCCUCACCUGAAGAACCUGUACGACGGGCUUGUGAUGACGGAGGUCCAGAUUCAGAAGGUGUUCACCAAACACGGCCUGAUCAAGCUCAACCCCGUUGACCAGAAGUUCGACCCAUACGAACAUGAGGCACUCUUCCACGCCCCCGUGGAGGGAAAGGAGCCGGGCAGUGUGGCUAUAGUUACCAAAGUGGGCUACAAGAUUCAUGGUCGCACACUCAGGCCGGCUUUGGUGGGUGUGGCUAAAGCCCCCUAGAAUUUGUGAUGUAACUGUGACAAAGUGGGAUUUGUUUCGUUACCUGGGGGAUGUAUGAGCUCGGGUACUGCAGACUGGUUAAGGCACCUCAACACACCUUUUCCCACAAUUCUUUUCUGUCAUCAGCCCACCCUGAGGUGCCUCAAAAUGACAGGAAGCCAACUGAACUGGACUUUGUAUUGGGACUAUCUCCAAUUUUUACAAUGCACACCAACAUUUCAGUUUGAGUCACUGCACAGGCAGAAAUAUAGAAACUCACCAGAUUCUAAGGCAGAGGAUCUGUUCUGUCUUUCAGCCACAAAUCAACCUUGAAGAGAAGUAGUUGAAAUAUGAAUUUCAACCCGCAUAUCAUGUAGUGCUGAUUCUGAACUCCUGGUUUCAUUCCAGUCUUUUAUUUCCAACCCUGAUAAUCUUUAACUGGACUUGGUUGUCUCUACAUGUUUGUCAGUUUUAAACUCAUCCUGUGAAUGAAGUCUGGAAAAGUACUAAACUAAAGAAAAGUCUGGACUGAUGUGGGCUUUCUAAAAUCUGUAUGUUACAAACCUUUAAGGCUCCUCUCACUUAGACCCAGUCUUUGUAACAUCCAGGUUCCAGCGUAGUUAUGCUGUAACACAAAAACCACCAGAAUGUGUUUGGACCACUGUCCUAAUCACCAUGACAUGACAAUAAAGUGACCAACUCUGACAGCUG